AAUAAAUUAAGAAAACCAGACCAUUUUCUUCUGUAUAACGUCACUCUUCAAAAACCUCAAAACCUUCUCCUUCAGCAGCAGAGAGAAGUCAGAGAACCAUCAAAACGAUGUCGUUACCAGUAGUUGACACAGAAUACCUGAAGGAGAUAGACAAAGCUCGCCGUGAUCUCCGUGCUCUUAUCGCUUACAAGAACUGCGCUCCGAUCAUGCUCCGUUUAGCAUGGCAUGAUGCUGGAACUUAUGAUAAGCACACAAAAACUGGAGGACCUAAUGGUUCUAUAAGAAAUGAAGAGGAGUAUUGUCACGGUUCCAAUAGUGGCUUGAAAAUUGCGAUUGAUUUCUGCGAAGAAGUGAAGGCUAAACAUCCUAAAAUUACUUAUGCGGAUUUAUAUCAGCUCGCAGGUGUUGUUGCCGUUGAGGUCACAGGAGGUCCGUCCAUUGACUUUGUUCCUGGUAGAAAGGACUCAAAAGUUUGUCCCAGGGAAGGGAGACUUCCAGAUGCUAAACAAGGUCCACGACAUUUAAAGGAUGUCUUUUACCGAAUGGGUCUAUCUGACCAAGAUAUAGUAGCACUCUCAGGGGGUCACACUCUGGGAAAGGCGCAUCCGGAUCGAUCAGGUUUUGAUGGCCCUUGGACCAAGGAGCCUCUGAAGUUUGACAACUCGUAUUUUGUGGAGCUGCUGAAAGGAGAGACGGAGGGGCUGUUGAAACUUGCAAGUGAUAAGGCUUUGUUGGAGGACCUCAAGUUCCAUCAUUAUGUUGAGCUGUACGCUAAGGACGAGGAGGCGUUCUUCAAGGACUAUGCGGUAUCUCAUAAGAAACUUUCAGAACUAGGAUUCUCCCCAAGUUCCUCUGGGUCCAAACUAAUCGCAAAGGACAGUGUAAUACUGGCUCAAAGUGCUGUCGGAGUUGUCGUUGCUGCUGCUGUUGUGAUCAUCAGCUAUUUCUACGAAGUUCGCAAAAGAAUGAAAUAGAUUUUUUGUUCAUCUUCUUUUCCAAUAUAUUCUCCCAGAUUAAUCAGUGCCAUUUUUACAGCCUAGGAGCUGAUUACUGAAAUAUUUGUAUGCGAGAUAACAACAAAUUAAAGCUGGCAAAAUGUAUUGAUAAGUCCUUAUACUUUUUAGGAGAGA